AGUAAACGAGGGUUUAAACCCCUCCCAAAAACCCCCAGCCAAGACCGUGCCUUCUCCCUUUCGAGCCUUCAGCCACAGAGUGCAGCAUCGUUAACAGUGAGAGAGCCGUCAUGAAGCUUUUUGGCUCCUCCAAUGGAGCCCGUCCUUUGUACCUGCUUCAAUCUAGGGUUAGGGUUAGGGUCAAGGCCGGUUUUGGGGCUUUCCUUUCCACGGAAGCGCUCCGCCAACCGGCCGACAAGGGCUGGACCGACACCCUCUACCACCGGGUGGUGCUGGUGGCGGACCCCAGGAUAUCGGUCGUUCCCGUUCUGGAUAGAUGGGUCGAGGAGGGAAAGCCCGUGGAGAAGACAGACCUCCAGUCGAUGGUCAAGCGGAUGAUGGACUUCCGGAGAUACUCUCACGCCCUCGAGAUAUCUAUGUGGAUGAGCGACCAGAGGUAUUUUCCCUUAACACCAGGUGACCUGGCUUAUCGGCUGCAACUUAUCAAUAAAGUUCGUGGGCUUGAACAUGCAGAGAAUUAUUUCAAUAACAUACCCAGAGGAUUAAAACACUAUCAGCCAUAUGGUGCUCUUCUCAGGUGCUAUGCAGAAGAGAAAUCUGUUGAGAAAGCAGAGGCUCUUUUUGAGAAAAUGAAGGAGUCAAAUAUGCUCUCAUCUUUUGUGUACAAUAUGUUAAUAAAACUCUAUUCUGGCAUUGGGGAACUUGGUAAAAUAGAUGCCACAUUCCAAGAAAUGGAAGAGGAAGGAAUAUUUCCUGAUUUUUUCACCUAUAAUUUUCUAAUGGAAGCGUAUGCCAGCACUUCCAACAUCAAUGGGAUGGAAAAAAUUCUGAAAAGGAUACAAGAUCCUAAAGUACCUGCAAAUUGGCACAUAUAUGCUGUUGCUGCUAAGGGUUAUACGAAAAUAGGGUUAAUGGAUAAAGCCUUAGCAGCACUGAAAGAAUCAGAGAAACAUAUCCCUCGAAAGAAGGGUCGAUUUGCUUAUGGGUUUAUACUCUCUGUAUAUGCUGAUGUCGGCAACAAAGACGAGGUACACCGAGUAUGGAAUUCAUGCAAAGCAAGAGAGAAGUUAUCCAACACAAUAUACAUGUGCAUGAUAAGUGCGCUACUGAAGUUAGACGAUAUUGAGGGUGCAGAGGCUAUCUUGAAGGAGUGGGAAAUCCGGUUUGAUUUCUAUGAUUUCCGGGUGCCAAAUCUGCUUAUUGGUGCUUAUUGUAGGAAAGGUCUUCUAGGGAAGGCAGAAUCACUAGUAGGUCAGGCCAUUGAGAGUGGAAGGACACCUUUGGCUAAUACAUGGGACCGUUUAGCAGGUGGGUAUUUUAGAGAAGGUCAGACUUUAAAAGCAGUUGAGAUGAUGAAGAAGGCAUUACAAAUGACAGGGCAAACUGUAUGGAAGCCAAAUCCUGCGAAUGUUCUUGCCAGCUUGGAGUACUUCAGAGAUCAGAAGGACGUGGAAGCAGCAGAGGAGUUUGUAAAAAUGUUAAGGCAUCUGGGCCUUUUGACGAAGGAAAAUUAUCUCUGCUUGCUGAGGACUUACUUGUUAGCUGGGAAACCAGUCACCGAUUUGCUGGAGCAGAUGAAAGAGGAUGGCUUGAAUCUAGACGAUGAAACACAAAAGGUUCUGGAAGAGAAAAACAACCAAUGUCAUCCAGAAUCUUCAUGUUGAAACAAGAAUUAAGUUUGGGGCACCCAAUACUUAUUUUCCAAAGUGAGCCAACGCACUGUUGUUUGCUCUGUGCCUGCUUGGCUGCAUUUGUCACAAACUGAAACUAUCAGCAAUUUGAAUCCAUUAAGGGUAAUGGAUUCAAAUCAGCUUUUGCCUUGGAAUUUGAAACCUAAGUGAUCUGGUCCCCAAAUUGAUACAUUAUUUCUCAUGGACUUCAUGUCUUAGAAAUGCAUGACCUCAUUAACUGAUCAACAUAUCCGAGCAAAUCGGAGUAUAUGUAAUUUGUUUUUGUUUCAUUUCUUAAUUAACUUCAUGCUAAUUCGUUUGAUCUCAUGGGAGUUUCUUUCGUACAA